UGUCGCGCUGGGAGGACCUCGGGCUCUCCCUGGGUCAGCGUCUUCCAGUCACUCAGCUCUCAUCGCAUCUCUGACCCACAGCCGAUCUCCGGCCGGUAAGAAAACAGAGACGAGGGAGGUGACAUGAGUGGCCUGAGUUCACCCAGCAAUUUCUUCCAAGAACGGGCUCACUGAGACAGAGGCCGAGUGAGCAGACAGCCGCAGACUUGAGGGAAACUGUGAACAUCUCAACUCCAAGAAUGAGAGUUGCCUGUGAGCACAUAGGAAAAAGCAGGAACUGGUGCUCAUACGUGGUGACCCGCACCAUCUCGUGCCACGUGCAGAAUGGCACCUACCUGCAGCGCGUGCUGCAGAAUUGCCCCUGGCCCAUGAGCUGCCCUGGGAACAGCUACAGAACCGUGGUGAGACCCACAUACAAGGUGAUGUACAAGACGGUGACAGCCCGCGAGUGGAGGUGCUGCCCUGGGCGCUCGGGGUCGAGCUGUGAGGAAGUUGUAGGCUCCUCUGGCUUCGUGGAGCCCAGUUGGUCGGGCAACACCAUGUGGCGGAUGGCACUUCGUCCCACAGCCCUGUCAGGUUGUCUCAACUGCAGCAAAGUGUUGGAGCUGACGGAGAGGCUGAAGGUUCUAGAGGCCAAGGUGGCGGUGCUGACUGUCACCGAGCAGGCAGUGCCCCCAACCCCAGCUGCCCCCGAGGACCUCGCCCAGCUCUGGGGUUCCCCAGCUGCCCAGGGCAGCCCCGGGGAUGGAGGCCUCCAAGGGCUACCAGGAACCAGAGAAAACGUGAGGGCCCCUCUGCUACCCCGAGAUGAUCGAGUUGGUGCCCGGGGGCUUCCUGGGCCCUCUGGCCCCAAGGGAGACCCUGGCAGCCGGGGCCCAAUGGGGAUGAGAGGCCCUCCAGGUCCGCAGGGCCCCCCAGGGAGCCCUGGCCAGGCUGGAGCUGUGGGCACCCCUGGAGAGAGGGGACCUCCAGGCCCCCCAGGGCCUCCUGGCCCCCCAGCCCCACUUGGACCACCCUACACCCCGAUCUCCCAGCAUGGGGACCCAUUUCUGUCCAACACCUUCACUGAGACCAGCAGCUACUGGCCCCAGGGACCAGCUGGGCCUCCAGGCCCCCCAGGACCCAUGGGUCCUCCUGGACCUCCUGGUCCCAUGGGCAUCCCUGGGAAUCCUGGACAUAUAGGACCCUCAGGCCCCACUGGACCCAAAGGAAUCUCCGGCCACCCAGGAGAGAAGGGCGAGAGAGGACUGCGUGGGGAGCCUGGCCCCCAGGGCUCCAUGGGGCAGCAGGGAGAACCUGGCCCCAAAGGAGACCCUGGUGAGAAGAGCCACUGGGGGGAGGGGUUGCACCAACUACGCGAGGCUUUGAAGAUUUUAGCUGAGAGGGUUUUAAUCUUGGAAACAAUGAUUGGGCUCUAUGAACCAGAGGGGUCAGGGGCAGACCCUGCCGGCAUGGGCACCCCCAGCCUCCUGCGGGGCAAGAGGGGAGGACACGCCACCAGCUACCGGAUCGUGGCCCCCAGGAGCCGAAACGAGAGAGACUGAGUGUGGUGGUGGCCCCUUGGGGAGGGCCAGGCCAGGCUUCCCUUCCCAGCCUGGACUUGGCCAGCUGCCUCCGAGGUCCGCCAUCCGUAUUUAUUAAUAUCCUCAGGGUCCCUUCUGCCACCUAGGCCUUUGGGGUGGGUAUGUCUUGGUCCUGGCAGCCCGUGCACAUCUGCCUCCUAUGAGGCUGAGCCAGGACUGGAGCCUGAGAGGGAGGUGUGGUCCAGGCAAGAGGUGAGGCCUUGCUCAGGGCCCUGGGCCUGUUUCCCUCUGUGAAAUGGGGUGAUGCAGGCCUGUGGGGAGGGGCAGCAAGUUUGGAGCUUCUGUCUUCUCAUCAACUGCCUGGCCAUCCAGGCCCCAAGCAACUGAGGGAGUUGGAAGCUGGGGCUCUGCCCGGCCCUCAGCACACCCAGGGAUGAUGAGGGCAGGCAGUCUCACCUCCCCACUCCCCAGCCAAACCUGGGGGGCCCACCUGUACCCCUCGUCUCCUUGUUUUCUGGUGCUGGGUUCCUGGCCCUGAGGUCAAGCUACCUGAUCUGACUGGACAUUCAGGGCUCCUUGUCUCAGUUCUGACCCCUGAACCCUCAGUCCUUCUCAUGUCCCAGGCAGAGGGGGCAUGGAGAGGGAGGGGCCCCCUACUCCCACAACGGCUUGUGACAGACACUAGGAGGUAGAUGUGUAUCAGCCAAUAAAGGCCC